AUGUCGGCAAGUUCUCCUCAGGCUUCCACGGAGUUUGUUUGUUUGCUCCGGAAUCAUUAUUCUCGAGCGCCCGAGCCUCUGUGGAAGUUGUUGGAUAUUGUAGUUCACAUGUUGAAACGAGGAGACGAGAAUGCGACAACUCUUUUACAUGCAAUAACGGAACACUGUUUAUGUGUGGAUCAGAUUCUCAGCUGGUGGUAUCAGACACGUCUUCUGGAGACUGGCCAUUGGUACCUCGGGAAUGGAGGACAUCGAGUCACUUCGCAGGGCCAACAAAAUGUACCCCGACAUAACGCGAGUUCAUUGUGCGAGGAGAUAGUCAGACUGUGGGGAUUAUGCAGUCUGAAUCCGAAAUUAACAAGACAUGAGAAGGAGCAAUUGUAUGCACUGUUGACAUUGUAUCAUGAACGAGCGGUCAGGAAGAUCUGGGAAAUGUUGGAAACCUCGGUUCUGGAUUGCGUAAGAAAUAUUUAUCAGGAUGACAAUGUGUUUUUAGAAUCUUCAAGAUGCUAAGGGAAAUCGUUUGUCGACUCAAAGCGCUCCUUUCUCGGUCGACUUCUUCCCGGGAUUCUUUCCUGCCCUCCAAUUGUGCUUCCUGGAUUGGAAAAGCGUCUCCAUUAAGGGAUUGCAGCACUCCGUAGAUAUAUCUGAGUUCAUGAAUGUCAUCAAAGAAUCCACUGGAAAGAAUGAACUACGAUGUUUUAAUAUCCCCAUCCUAAAACAUAGCCCGGACGCUCUAUUCCUGGAGUUUAUUGAUACUGAACAGCAGAUAACGUCGACUCUAAAUCAUCAUGAGUUGAAUAAUGGAAAGACAAGGUCGAAACGGUACUCACGGAGGAAGAGAAGGAGAAGACAGGCCGCCAGAAAUGCUCAGAUGGCUUUACAGGACAUUGGAAGAGCUCUGCAAAACCAAAUGAGACGAUUUCCAAAGGCCGAAAGUGAUGAGUCGGCCACUGAAGAUGUGGAUCAGCCGUCGACUUCACAAUCCAAGGCCAAGUAAGCUUUUUGGAUUUAAUUUUUCCGUUAUGAAAAUGGAUAAUUGUCCGUAAUACAAAUUUGCUUAUGCUGCUAAAUUUAUCUUAAUGUUAGACAAGAGCCGUAUCAAGAACAAGUCAAUCACCUGUUUGCAUUGGCCCACGAAGAGAUGGAUAAAACCCUGCAACGAUUCUGUUGUUGCGAGGCCCUGUACUGCUAUGGAUACGUUGAUGAAGCUCAAGAGGUCGCUGAAGUUCUGGCCAAUGACUAUUAUCAGCUCACGCCGUUCGUAUUACCUCUAGAAUAUGUCGAACCCUCCUUCUCCAACCUUCGACAAGACCAUUCUCAGAAGUUGUGUAAGCAUAUGAGAAAGAGGAUGUCCUGCAAACAUUGCAAACAUAUACCUCCGGCUCAGUUCUAUCAGCUCUCCAGAAGCGCCAAGAGGAGUCUUCAUCCUCCCCAACCCCCACCAUCUCUAAAGAAGUUAGAGGUAGCCAGGGCAGCCGUGGAAAGCCUUAACAGUGUAUUGUUUGUGUUGAAAUGCCUGCUCCAAGAUCAUCCCAUCUCUCCAUUGGGCUCGAUGAUAAUAUCAGAAGGAGAAAGUCGAGAGUUCAGCUUCGAACCAGAGAGUGUGGCCAUGAAAUUGGCCUUGAAGGUUCUGCUGGAACCCAGAGGACCCGCUCCUACUCGCCAAUUGGAAGUGAAUGUCGCCUUCUUGGUAAGUUUUAGCUAGUGUAAUAAUUCUCUUCAGGAGUUACAACUGUUUAAGAUGUUGAUGUCAACCAGACUUACUGUCCCUCAUCUGGAGUUGAUCCGAGAAGCCGCAGAUUCUUUUCUGAAGAGUGACAUGAGGACUUCAUACAUUUCUCAGAAUGCCGUGCCUCCAAUCUUAUUCGCUCAUUACGUUUUAAAUGCUCUUUCAUAUGACUACCACAACAGCCUUGAGACGAGAAAUGUAAAAGCGUCCCCUCCAUGUGAUAAUCUGACCAAUCAGAUGAGAAAACCGUCCGACGAGAAUCUGGCCAUGGCUGUGGCCUUGGCCGUUCUUCAGAUUAGGCCCAGAUUCCACGAAAAGAAUCAUCCAAUGUUGAUGGAAUACAUACGGAAGCAAAAGGGAGAGAUGACUUUGGAGUUGUUGAGAAGGAAUUGUGACUCGAAGGAGAGGCUGAAUCUCAUUUUGGACAAAUUUUUGGAUGCUGAAGUUCAUUGCAUUUAUCCGUAAGUACAUCAAAGUAAAUAUAGAUGGAAACGGUUGUUUUAGAAACUGUCAAACGAAUGCUAUUUUGGUCAGAAACUGUGGAAUCAACCACAAUUCUCCAUUCUGUUUGUGUUGGAAAAGAGAAGAGACAUCUCUACCAUUAUUUUCUGGAGAUUCCUCUACUUCAAGUUCGGAAAACAACUCCAGGAGAGAUUCCACAAUGUCAAUCCAAGAGAUAUUGGAACAGUCAACCUCUAAGCUCAACAAACUCACAACCGAUGAUGUGAUGACUCGAAGUGGAUCUGGAGAUGGGACUUCCGAGACUUCAAAGGAAUCAAAGAAGGUUGAUAGUCCCGAUGGAAGUACGCCCUCUCUGAAUCAAUUCAGUGAUUCCAGCAGCUCUGGGAUAUCGAAUAACUCGGUUGUUGACGUGGAGCCGAUUCCAUUGUUACAAACGUUGAGGUUGCAAGAGAAUGCGCAACAACUUCGAGCAUGUAAUGCUAGACCAAAUGCCAUGGGUAUGAUAUCCGAAGACCAUGCUCAUUUCCUCAUGGAAUUUGCAAAGAGACUGUUUGGAGAUGCCGGAGGCAAUCACGGUCCGUCUUUCUUCCAUCCGGCUCCCAACACUCCCCCCAAUAGAAAUCUGCACAUGUGUGCCUUCAUUAUUGGAUUAUACUCAUUGGGUGUGAAUAAUCAUGUCUCGGACAUGUGGAGAUCAAGAACGUACAGCACAAUGGUUAGCUGGAUACAGGCUCAAGCCUUGGAACUGGGUUCGGAUGCUAUUCAAAUCCUGAAUGAUGUCUGGGAAACUCAUAUGACGCCUUCCGAAGUCGCCGAACUGGCUGAUAAAGUCAAGCAGAAUGAGUUGUUACAAAACGCUGCCAUCCAACUCUAUCUCAACGUUCUGAAACGUGCUUGGUCUUUGACUUUUGCUGAAUGCCAGAGGGCGCUUGAUCAAUGCGCGGAGUUUGGAAUGGAUAAAUUAGAGAGGGCUUGUUUAGCAGUGGAAGAGUCAGCAAAACAUGAAAGCCUUAACCCGCAAGUGCUGUUCAAGGUGUCCGAAUGUUGGUACAAGAUGUACAAUCCCGCAAAUAAGUCGUCAGAGACAUCUUGUGGCACUUCUGCGUUUUCCUACAAUUCUUCGAACCAACAACAUUUGGAAUGGCAACCUCCUGUUAAUCCACCUCCACAACCUCAAUUGAAUUCAAUGCUCUGGCCUGGUUACAACAACUCUCCUUUGGUGCCUUCCUAUCCUCCACCAAAUAUCCAUCCUCAAUGUGUUCAAGCCAGUCAGAACUUUCAAGGGAAACUUCACGUCAGUCAUUCAGCCCCAAACCUCCAACCCAUGAUUGGUCCAAUGAGAGGUCCAGGAUGUUCUGGAAUGCAGAAUAAUUCCCAUCGAAGCCAAUUGACCCGACCCAAUGCGAUUCCAUUGAGGAAUGUCCAUAUCUCAGCUGUUCCCGCGAACCGAGGUCAAUAUGGAAAGAUGUCUAUGACUAAUGCGACCCCUUACAUCUAUCCAUAUCAAGACCAUGCCAAAUGGAAGCUCCUAAAAGCUUAUGAAAUUGGGAUGUGGGCCUUUGAGUUGGUGGGACCUCCCAAUUUUGAGGAUAAUCAUUAUGGGAAAUUCUCCAAGGUAAGAAAUGGUACCGUAUAACGAUCAAUUAUUUUAGCAUCCCGAGUUUGAACAGGAGAUUAAGAGUCUAUUGUCAAUAUCAAAGGACCUUGGCGCUUUAUAUCUCCAUCAAUUUUGCGAAAAGGCUGCAGGAAGAGUAGCCUCGCCAAGUCUUCUAAUGGAGAUCAUCGAAGACGCGGACUCUGCCUUUAGAGAAGGGAAUGGAUAUUCCCAAAUGCCUCCCAUUACUGACCCAAUGGCUGGCCCCAUCGUCUGCAGACCCUCUUAUGGAUCGAGAGGGGUUAAGGGAGAUUGUGUCCGGCAACUUCUUCAUCAGUUACGAUAUCCAACCUGUCUUCAAGAUCUGGCCGCUACUUGCACUGAACUACUUUAUACGUCAACGUCAUUGAAGUUGAGUCAUCCUCGACUGAUGGAUGCGGAUAAAGAGGACAUCACAGAACUUUUAAAUGUGGCUAUGAGAUUAAGCGGGAUGAUGAGACAUCAUGGGCACACCUUUGUCAACGAGUUCUUCAACUAUAUUCGGAAACAAAAGUCGGGGAAACAGGCCAUGGAUCACAUAAAACACACGGCAAACAUCCCUAGAAUGUCUUAG